AUGAAUCAUAUAAUAAGAAUUGAGGAGUUGAGAUUGAUCAAUUAAAUAAUAAUUAAAAAUAUGAGACAUGAUUUUUUCCAUGAAAAGGACAUCAGAAUCAUUGAAAAGUUAGGGGAAGGAGCCUUUGGUUAAGUGUAUAAGGGAUUAUACAAAGAUGAGGAAGUGGCAAUCAAGGUAUGAUUAGUUAAAUUGUUUAGUUCAUGCAAGGUGCAUAAAUUUAAGAAACAUCAAUUAUGGAAAGUCUCAAACACAAAAACAUUAUCAAAUUAUAUUAGGUUUUCUCAUUUUAAUAUAGUUAUAGUAUUUCAAACAUGGGAAUUGCCAGUAUUUGGUGAUGGAAUAUGCAGCAGGAGGUUCUUUAAAUGAAUUUAUGAAACAAAGCUUAGAUGAGUCAACAAUCAGUUAGAUCAUGCAUUCUAUUUUUACAGGAAUCCAAUAUCUUCAUUCUAAGUAGAUAAUACAUCGUGAUAUUAAGCCUGGUACUUUUGUAUAACUAAAAUAGAUAAUAUCUUAAUUAAAAAUACAGAAGAUCUUUCAAGUAUCAAGAUCGCUGACUUUGGUUUAAGUUAUUAAUACAAACCUGAAAUUCGUUACUACUAGACUGUGUCAUAAUAAUGUGGAACCUUUAUAUAUAUGGCACCCGAACAAAUUUUAAACAAAGCAUAUAACAAAGCUGUUGACAUGUGGUCUUGUGGUAUCGUACUUUAUAUGCUUCUAAAUCAAGGAAAGCAUCCUUUUUAUCCUAGAAUUUUUACAAAAAAAGAAUUUAUUAAUAGUUUCCCUGACUUGAAAUACGAACAACCAUUGCAUGCAUCUCCCCUUGCAAGAGAUCUUUUAUAUAGAUUGCUAUAAUUUGAUCAAGAUUCUCGAUAUACAGCAUCUCAAGCAUUAGUUCACCCAUGGAUUACUCGAAAAUUUAAUGAUCCCAUUCCUAUGAGUGUUAAACAAUUCGGAAUAUGUCAAGAACUAAAGAAAAAAGUACUUUUUAAAAUCAUUAUAGAUUUUUUUAUAAUUAUAAUCAAUUUUGUUUAUAAUUCAAUUACAGCAAAGAUCAAUCAAGCAAUCUCCUAUAUAAUCCAGAAAAGAUCUAACAGAAUUUUAGAUUUCAAUUGCUGAAUCUGAUGAAGAUAACUAUGAUCAACAAAAUCUAGAUACUAUAAGUCCCAGAAAUUAAUAAUUCUUAAAUAAAUUAUCAAUAACUAGACCUAAUAAAAUAUUCAAAUCUUAUAGAACUCUCAACAGUAUCCCUCAAAAAGAAAAGCAUUAUCGCUUAAAUGCAAUUCUUAACCAAACAAAUGAAUCUAAUCAAGAAUUAAAGUUGUUGAAACUUAAUUAACAACUAAGCAUAGAUAAUGAGCAAAUUAUCAUUCCAAUUGAUCCAGAAUCUCCAAAAAAAAAUCUUAAAGUUGUUCAACCCAACAAGGUUCUUCUUCCUGCGUUAUCAGAAUCCACAUAGACUUCUCUAAGUCCUGUUAAAAUAAAUAAGGUACCUAUAGUAAAGCAGAAUUCAUUUAGAAAAACUGAAUCUUCGUUUUUCUUAGGAUUAAAUAGAAUUAAUAAUGAUUCUGCCUAAGAGUCAACUACAUUCAAAAGCAAAGCAGAGAUUCAUGACAGAGGAUCAAUUCCAUCUCUAAACACUCAAAGAGUAACUACAAGAAAUAGUACCAUAAAUUUAGUAGCAUCUCCUAAAUGUAAAUUUAUACAAUAGAACAAUCUUCUUAUUCCAAAGAAAAUAAUAUGA